ACUGCAUGAUACCCGCCUCGGACCCCUCUAUGCGAACCUGUGCCCGCCCCCGGGCCCCUUUUACUACGCCGACGAGUUCGAGGACGAGGAGGAGGAGUUCGUCAGCGUGGAACGGGUGGACAACUCCUACGUCAUCAGGACGAGCCCCUGUCCGUUCAGGCCGGAGCGUAGAAGAAAUCCUGGGAGGAAGGUAGAGCGACCCAGGACCCCCGUUGUACACCCCGAAGAGAGGGGGCACUUGGAUCUUGGAGGAAAUUCAGGAACUUUCAAGACUGAGCCAGGGUGGUCGCCGAAAAAUCCUCAGGGGGAGGUGCAGGGGGGAAUUUUGCUCCAAGAGGAGCCGGAUGCUACCAGGAGGUCGCUGAUGAGUCCUCGCGGCAUCAGCCCUGAGAGGUCCCCGCCGGCUGCUGGGAACAGCGAGGAGACCAUGAAGUUCACCUAUUUCUUGAAGCCGAACCUCUUCUUGGAGAGGGCUGGAGGGAAGAUGUCGAGGAAGGACAAGAAACACUCGGAGACCUAUAACGAGAGGAUGCGAAGGUUGUAGGCAGGCGGUUACUAUGGCUGAUCUCACGGAUUUCAAUGGGCAGGACUCCGUUCCCAUCGUCGAGACCGCCGUGUGCGAGGACACCAUCUUCCUCAGGAAGGUCACCCAACAGGAGGGGGGGAACGUCUGCACCAAGAGGUCCGAGUUCCUCAGGGAAGAGGGAGGUCUCGUCACCUCGAUUUACGCAUCCGAGAGGGAGAUCAGGAGACACUGUCGCAGGACCAGGAGAAUGGCCUUCAAGAAUAAAAGAGUCGUCCCUGUGCCCGCGAUGAUGAGGAGCGCCUCGGAUGUCAGAGUCCUUGACUUCUCAUCCGGAAUGGUCGACCUUAGGACGCAUCUUGACACGAGGUCCUUGGACCGGUUGACGCUGGUCAGGAUGGACCAAUUCGAGAGGGUCGAGGACUUCGACCAUGAAGAGAACGACGAGCCGCAAAAUGACGUCCUCGAGACUCCGAUCAAUUUUCAGGACCUUCGGGCGGGAAUUUGAUGGCUCUUGGAAAUGAUUUACUAAGGAGUAAUGAGAAUUCUUCGUCGUCGACGGUCCUUUUCGCCGAGGGACCGGAGAUGAUUCUAUUACCCCCAGGAUUAUCCAGUGGGACUAUUCAAUCUAUGAAAUAUGGAUACUGCGGAGGAAAGUUGAAAGGAUAUGCCGAGAAGAGAUUUGAGAAAGGGAAAUUAACGGCUGAGAAUAUCUCCCCUCCCCCCCGAAUUGCGAUACCAAGAAAUAAUGUCCCGAAAUUGUCGGUGUAGUUGCGAGGAUGCGGAAGCGAACACUGCCUUGAUUGUUCCUUGUUGCAUGGCUACGAACACUCGGAGGGUGUCAAAUCAAGUAUUCUUGAACUUGAUUGACAAUGAUUCCGUAAUACCUAGCUCUGGAUUCUAAUUUUGGGAUUAAAUUACAGAAAUCGUGUAAUCUUUAAUUAGUUCGAAGAGUGCCUUUUUUGACACGCCCCGGAUUCGAACACUCGUAUGUAAUAGUGAUACAUGUUGCAUCUCAUCAUGCGGUAUCAUGCCACUCUCUCUCUCUCUCUCUCUGCUUGACAUUCCUAAAACCGAAAAGCUGGUGAAGAAAUUCGCCAAAAAUCUGCUUCUCGCUGUUCUCGUUUCCCGAGUUCCUCCUGCAUGAUCUGACGAGCAAUCCCAAGAUUAAUGAGAAUCUCGGGAAAAAAAAAAAGAAGAAUCCCUAUCAUGCAUGCGUGCAAUUUACUUGUCCCCACUAGCGACGAUAUGAAAGUGACGAUAUAUUGUCUAGGACGUUUUCAAGGUCUGUUUCAAUAAAGUGCCUAUCACGGAGAAAUUUCCGUCGAGGUCGUUAGCCAACUGUCUGGUAGAACAAUUCCUGCACUCGUAACGUAGAUCAUUAUUUAAUUAUAUGCCUUUCGACUGUAAAUUAACGCCUUUGGACCUGACAAGAGAUUUAAGAAAAGAAAACCGGUGGCAAGAUGCACCAGGUCUGUGCACCGUCCCUGACCUACCCUGGGCCUCGAAUCCCGGGGGUGGAAAUUAGAUUGCAUUUCAAGUGCGGUGCCGUCUUUCUUUUUCUUUUUUCGUUUGUUUCCCCGGCUUUUAAGGAAUUCUAUUCGCUACUUCCGGCCGGCGACCUCCGCCAGAACUUCGAGUCCCGCUUAUGUCCCUCGUAGAGCGUCGCGA